UUUUCACCCCACGAAACUCGUGCUUUGAUUAAAGGAAAAACCAAGUUUUACAAAGUUCCAAGUAACAAUAUUUGGCGUUUGUAAUAUGUCUUGUACGAUAGGGUUUGAUUAGCUUUAAUCCCUUUAUUGCUUCUAUUUUUUCUUCUCUUCUUUUAAGCAUGAUUUAAGCUUCACCCUUCACGUUUAUUAAGCACCAACUUGCUUUAUUUAAGGCGGAAAAAAUUUGCAUCACUUGUUCAUUGUUAAGUCAUUCUUUCUCAUAUCCAACCUUCUCAAAAUUUCAGUGCCAAGCAUAAUUUUUCCUUGAUCAUGUCAACAUCUUCUUUUCCUUUCUUGGUUAAUUAGCUGAAGCUUACAUAACCAAUCUGAACUAGCACCACCAAACGAUCACUGAGUUGGUGAACUGAAAACAGCCACUCAUUUAGAAUUAUUCCCAUUCGAGUGUAUUAAAAAAAUCAUUACUUUGUAACUACCCUCAGAUACACUCUAUUAGUUAAAUAUAUCUCCUGGAAAAAAAAAACAUGAUUCUUAAUUAACCAUGCAGAUUCUCUGCAAGUACAAGGAAGAAUCACUGUCAGCCCUUCUCAAAAUCCUCUAGUUUCAGCCUCAUUCCUAUCUUGAAUAGUUGAAAUUAUCCAAUCCUGCUCGAAGGUUUCGAAGGAAAUACUUUAAUCUGCAAAGGGUCCAACAAGAUUCUUGAAUUAGUAUCUUCCAUUUUUCACCAGAGAAUACGUAAAUGAACUCGGGGCCAUCUCCUUUGAUCCCAUUACUACUAGUGGGAACCCUAAGCUUUCUGCUCCACGGUCGCUCAUUUCUCGAAGACAUCUCAUUUGUCUCGGAUGCAGAAGACUCGGCUUUCACCCUCCUUUUAGUCAUCCCAAUCGUCGUCCUCCUGGUAGUUCAUCAAGUCACUCAGUCGCUCGUUCUUCCCCUCGCCAUCGUCCUGGUUGCUUACACUGUUUCCAAGAUGUUCCUUGGCCCUCUUCUUCUGAUUGCGAUCAUAUAUGUGCUGAGUGUUUGGGUGCCUAGUUUUGAAUUCUUCAAUGGGAGAGGAGGAGUUCAUCAAGGCAAUUACUCGAGUGAUGAACAUGGAUGGGGUUGCGCGCUGCUUUUUGCGGUUUUUCUCGCGCUUCGGUUUAUUUUUGCGGAUGGAUGUGGUCAAUGGGGACUUGUACUUGUAGCUGUGUUGUUCUUCCUCUUGUAUAACUUCCAAUCCUCGCCUUACUAGCAACAGUCAUAGUUAUAAUCUCUGGAGAAACGUAACAUCGAGUGCUUAUUAUGCUGUUUGUGAUUCAAUCAUGUAUGAUGCAUGCAUUUGUACGUGAACUGUAACUCAUGCCUUGAUAAUUAGAUUUAACAGCUUAAUCUCAUGUCCUUUCAUUUCUAUGGUAAAGUUUUAUACCACCGUCUUUACA